GACUCUAGAGUGUUGAUUCCAUAGGAAGCCACAAUGCUUCAUCUGCUUGUGUGCAUGCUCAGCAUUCUGCUCUCCCCAGUGACCUGCCUCAACCAAGAAGGCCUCUACCUCCAACAAUUCAAGCUAACCCUCGACGACCCCGACAAUCGCCUCGCCGACUGGAACCCCCGCCAUGCCACCCCUUGCAACUGGUUUGGCGUCCUCUGCGACCCCCCUACCAACACCACCGUCACCUCCCUCUCCCUCCCCGACACUAACAUCGCCGGUCCAUUCUCCGCCCAUAUCCUCUGCCGCCUCCCCAACCUCUCCUCCAUCAACCUCUUCAACAACUCCAUCAACGGCACCCUCCCCCUCGACAUCUCCCUCUGCUCCAACCUCCAACACCUCGACCUCUCCCAGAACCUUCUCACCGGCACGCUUCCCCACACUCUCCCUCACCUCCCCAACCUCCGCUACCUCGACCUCACCGGCAACAACUUCUCCGGUCCCAUUCCGGACUCCUUCGGGUCCUUCCAGAAACUCGAGGUCAUCUCCCUCGUUUACAACCUUCUAGAAGGCACCAUCCCUCCCUCAUUGGGGAACCUAACCACCCUCAAAAUGCUGAACCUCUCUUACAACCCCUUCUACCCGGGUCGGAUCCCGGACUCGCUCGGCAACCUCACCAACCUCGAGGUUCUCUGGCUCACACAGUGCAACCUCGUUGGCACCAUUCCAGAAUCGCUUGGCAACUUGAAGAACCUCAGGGACUUGGACCUUGCGCUCAACGAUUUGUACGGUUCCAUCCCCACUUCCCUCACUCGUUUGACUCGUUUGACUCAGAUUGAGUUGUACAACAACUCGCUCUCCGGGGACCUGCCUCGUGGCUGGAGAAACCUCACCGCCCUACGCCUUCUCGACGCCUCCAUGAACCACUUGACGGGGACCAUACCGGAGGAGCUCUGCGCUUUGCCCUUGGAGAGUCUCAACCUCUACGAGAACCGCUUUGAGGGCCAGCUGCCGCCGAGCAUUGCCAAUUCGCCCAACCUCUACGAGCUCAGGAUCUUCGGGAACCGUCUCACCGGAAGGUUGCCGGACAAUCUGGGGCGCCAUUCUCCUCUCAGGUGGCUCGACGUCUCCAGCAACCAGUUCUUGGGGCCGAUUCCGUCCACGCUGUGCGAUCACGGGGAACUGGAGGAGCUUCUUGUGAUAUACAAUUUGUUUUCCGGCGAGAUUCCGGCGAGUCUGGGAACGUGCCAGAGCCUGACGCGGGUGAGGCUGGGGAACAACCGGUUCUCCGGCGAGGUGCCGGCGGGGAUGUGGGGUCUCCCCCACGUGUACCUUCUUGAACUCGCGGAGAAUUCGUUCUCCGGCCCCAUUGCGAAGACCAUUGCCGGUGCCGGGAACCUUUCGCUGCUGUUUCUCUCGAAGAAUAAGUUCGAGGGAGUGAUCCCCGACGAGGUUGGGUGGUUGGACAAUCUCGUGGAAUUUUCUGGCAACGAUAACAUGUUCAGCGGUUCGAUCCCAGAGACUGUUGUGAAUCUCGGGCAGCUUGGGACCCUUGAUCUUCACAACAACAAACUAUCCGGGGAGCUUCCAAAAGGGCUUCAUUCUUUGAAAAAGCUGAGCGUUUUGAAUUUGGCCAACAAUGGCAUUGGUGGGAAGAUUCCAGAUGAGAUUGGUAGCUUGUCAGUUUUGAAUUCUCUUGAUCUCUCCAAGAACCAGUUCUCCGGGAUGGUCCCUCACGGAUUGCAGAAUUUGAAGCUGAACAUUCUGAAUUUGUCUUACAAUCGUCUCUCCGGGGAGCUCCCUCCUCUGUUGGCUAAGGACGUGUAUGUGGAUAGCUUUCUGGGGAACCCCGGUUUGUGUGGGGAUUUGAAGGGUCUCUGCAGUGGAAGAGGCCAAGCCAAGAGUUUGGGCUAUGUUUGGCUUCUCAGGACUAUCUUCAUUGUCGCCACUUUGGUGUUCUUUGUGGGUGUGGUGUGGUUCUACCUCAAGUAUAAGACUUUCAAGGAUGCCAGAAGGUCCAUUGAUAAAUCGAGGUGGACCUUGAUGUCGUUUCAUAAGCUGGGUUUUGGUGAAGAUGAGAUCUUGAAUUGCCUUGAUGAGGAUAAUGUGAUUGGAAGUGGGUCAUCCGGGAGAGUCUACAAGGUGGUGCUUAGCAGCGGGGAAGCGGUUGCGGUGAAGAAGAUAUGGGGAGGGGCAGGGAAGGGUGGAGAGAGUGGAGAUGUGGAAAAAGGUGGUGGUGGAAGGGUGCAGGACGAAGCUUUUGAUGCGGAGGUUGAGACUUUGGGCAAGAUCAGGCACAAGAACAUUGUUAAGCUGUGGUGUUGCUGCACAACCAGGGAUUGCAAGCUACUGGUUUAUGAGUACAUGCCCAAUGGUAGUCUUGGUGAUUUGUUGCAUAGCAGCAAAGGUGGGUUGUUGGAUUGGCCAACCAGGUAUAAGAUUGCCGUUGACGCUGCUGAAGGCCUCUCUUAUCUGCAUCAUGAUUGUGUUCCACCAAUUGUUCAUAGAGAUGUGAAAUCCAGCAAUAUCUUGUUGGAUGGGGACUAUGGUGCCAGGGUGGCGGAUUUUGGAGUGGCCAAGGCCGUUGAAACUGGAGGGAAAGGAGGAACCAAAUCCAUGUCUGUCAUAGCUGGGUCUUGUGGGUACAUUGCGCCAGAAUAUGCAUACACUCUCAGAGUGAACGAGAAAAGCGACAUAUACAGUUUUGGUGUCGUGAUACUUGAGUUGGUUACUGGGAGGCGUCCGGUGGAUCCUGAAUUCGGAGAGAAGGACUUGGUGAAGUGGGUGUGCACCACCCUGGAUCAGAAAGGGGUGGACCAUUUAAUUGACUCGAGGCUUGAUUCUUGUUUCAAAGACGAAAUUUCCAAGGUUUUCAACAUUGGCCUCAUGUGCACCAGCCCUCUUCCGAUCAACCGGCCCUCCAUGAGAAGGGUGGUGAAGAUGUUGCAAGAGGUGGCAACAGAGAAACAAGUGAAGCCUGCCAAGAAAGAUGGCAAGUUAACUCCUUAUUACUAUGAUGAUGCCUCGGAUCAUGGAAGUGUUGCUUGAUUCAAGUCCCUGCAAGCUAAAGAUCUGGAUCAAUUGAUUCGGAAAGGAAAGUUUGAAGCUUCGCAUUAACAAGAAGCCAACUUUCCCUCCAGAAAGUUGACCAAAGAAAAGAGGAGAGGAAGAUUGGGCUUGAAAAAUUGGUGUUUAACUCUGAGUAGACAUCUACAUCAGAGGUGCUUCCCUACCAAAAUCAAGUUGGUGCUUUGCAUUAUAACUUUAUUUUAGAAAUGAUAUUUUCCUUUGUUAAAAGAAGUAUAAGAUUUUCCGGGUACAUGUAUAUCUGUGACAAGAAUUUUUCCUUGUCUCUUGCAUGGGUCAGGGAUUUAUAUAUUUGUAAUAUCAAUAGCUUCAAAGAAAUUCAGGGUCCUAACUCAUAACCAGUCUUCUGCUGUAAAAUCAGGCUAUAUACUGUUUGAGCUACCCUUACCUACAAAGUUGGCUUUGAAAAUCUGAAAGCAACUUCUACAGUAACCUUCUUUUCUAGAUCAUAUUAACUUAAUAGUAGAAGAUGAUAAGCCUGCGAAGGAAUGGAAUAAGCAGCCUGAUUGUUCUUGAAUGCUCAUAAUUGUUUUUGGAUGUUUGUAUCUAAAUGCUUAGAGCCUUAGACUCUUCUAAGCUUGAGAAUUUGUAUC